AUGAAGCCUCAUUUCUUGCACAUCUCAGCGGCUCUCAUAGCCCUGCUAUUCGGGCCAUCAUGCACGGCCGCAGACGAGAACAUCAAGGUUGACACCGCGCAUCAAAGGAAUCCCAUCCUAGCCUCCAUCCCCAACGACUUGGUUUGUCUCUCACUCUUCCUGCUCUGUCUCUGCCUGUUACUACGAAUCAGCAUGCCGAGCAGAGCAACAACCACCGCAUCGGAACAGCAGCUGACCCGUCGAUCCAAACAGUCCGGGUCACUCAACGGAGCCAUCGUCACGCUGGAGCAAAUAUCCAGCCAUCCUGACACGCCUCGCCAUGUCGAAGCAAGAAAGAAGCUGAACAAGAGCAUGCAGAGAGGAUGGGGAAAUUGGAAUGCUCAACAUCCUCGCCAUCGUUUGCUGGAUGCCCUGUAUGGAUACAGCAGGUAUUACGAGCGUCAAAAGGUUGAGCUUGAUCGAGUGGAAGGACUGUACAAACACAUUUCCAAAGCUCAAAGAUCUUUGCUGGAGCAUCAAGUCCAAUACUCCAAGAAAUUCUCCCGUAUAGACGGUCUUUUGAAAAAGAACCAAGAGCUGUGUGACAAUAUCGUCCAGUAUGCUAUGGAUUUCUAUGAAAUCAGCCAAGAAGAGUUUCAGAAACAUGUCAAGACCUUUGAGACAUCAGGAAAGCUCGCCGAUAAGAUUUCUGUGUCUCAGGCUUUGAAGCAUUAUGUUCGGGACUGGACGGAGACGGGAGAGUCUGAAAGACGUGAGACGUUCUCUUGUUUGAUGAAGACUCUUCAGGGGCUUUUCCCUGAGAGAGAUGGUGCUGCGCCGGUCAAGGUUUUGGUUCCGGGUUCAGGCUUGGGACGACUUGGGCAUGAUAUCGCAAGACUUGGAGGAUUCGACGUCACCAUCAACGAAUGGUCGAUGUAUAUGAACAUAGCCUACCGCUUCAUCGAAGCCAACCGCGCCCGCAACUCGCACUCGUUCCACCCCUUCAUCGACGGCUGGUCCCACCACGCCACAGAAGAAGACAUGACCCGCGAGCUCAUCUUCCCCGACACCUCCAUCAACUCCACCUCCGUCGUCCUGGCUGAGGGCGACUUCACAACUGCCUUUGCCGACAAAGCCGGCUUCUUCGACGUCGUCGUAACAUAUUUCUUCAUCGACACAGCUCGCAACCUAAUGAGCUAUCUCGACACCAUCAAGAAAGUCCUCAAGCCCAGUGGCCACUGGGUUAAUCUAGGACCGCUACUUUAUGGCACGGGACCUUUCGUGCAGCUUUCGCUGGAGGAGAUCGUGCAGGUCACAGAGGCGAUGGGGUUUGAGUAUCUUGAUACGGAAGAGAGUUGCGGGCCGUUAACGUUUCCGGGGAGGAAGGUUAGGAGUAUGGAAGCUGUGUAUGGGUUUGAUGAUAAGGCUUUGACGAAAAGUGCGUAUAAUGCGCAGUUUUGGGUUGCGAGGAGGUCGUCGAAGCCUUGA